AGUGGGUUGUUUUACGUCACAGCUUAAAAAGCGCACACUUUUUCUGGCGUAUUUCUCUAAACGAGACUUUUCCUGUGAAAGUUUGUAAACAAAUCUGGUAUCAGCCUAAGCGACAGUUUAUUGAAGAUUUAAAGUCAACGAAAAUGAAGUUGUUUGCUGUGACAGAUAAUGCCAUCGAGAAAACCUAUAAUUCCGGGGACAAGCAACCGAACUAUUCUUCGGGCAUUGCACAAUGAAAUGAAAGAGAAGAAGAUUAUUACUCAAACAAAACCCACAAACUUUUCUGAUACAACCUCGUCCGGUAUCCAUAGCAACAGUAGCAGCGAGGCCGGUGACGUCAUUACAGAGACAAGUUUUAAGAAGUCUACCAGAAAUAAGCGAAAGAUGACGCGCUCGGUGGUAGAGAGCGAAGACGCCCAAAAGACUUUCCACGCCCACGAGUCGGUUGAUACGGAUGAUAGCACGGGAACCGACGACGGAAGUGACGUCAGUGAUGACGAUGCCGAAUCAGAGCGAUCAACUACGUCAUCAGUUGAGGAAGAUUCGGAAGAAGAGAAGGUGUUGUCGCAAAGGUGGCAACAGCCCAUAGUUAAGACAGUGGACAGUGAUAAAAACAAGAGGUUUGCACGACAGAGCAACGGAAUAUCACGGCCUGGAUUACCCAAUAAUAACCAGGCGAGACAUUUAAACAAUAAUCCAAACACAUUGGAAGAAUUACUUAGGAGGAGGAUAAAGCACGAGGAAGAAAUUGAAUUCAGUUUAGAGGACAAACGGUUGAUCACUGAGGGCUACAAUAAGUUUGUAUUGAACGGACCGAAACAAAAGCAAGCAGGAACGUCUUUUGGGAAUAAAAAGGAAAUCGUAAAAAAUCAUGUUCAAGUGACUGAAGACCAGGAUGUAAAGUUUCCGUUAGAAAACGCCGCUUCCGGGAUAGGAGAACCGAUGAGCGUAAAAGAAGCUCGUAGUUUGGAGCAAAAAGCAAAGAGAAAGACAAAAUCCGAGAAGCGCUCUGUGUCUGAAGCGAAGUUAGCGGUGGGGGAGGCGAAAUUGGGCGAGUUUGAAGCAAAGCUGAGAGCCCGGCAAUCUAAGAUCGAUGAGAGGCAUGCUAAGUUGUGUAGGAGACAUGCUAUUCUAAAACAAGCAGAAGAAAGGCUUAUGGAACUGGAGACAAAGUUAGAUGUCGAUGAAGAAGGUCAUAGGGAACGUGAGAGAAGAGUGAAAAAUCGAGAACGGAGAGUCAGACAGGAGGAAGCUGGGCUUCAGAUAAAGGAAUCAUCUCUGAGAAAACGUGAAGAAAAAGUCACGGAGAACAUCCGGGAUAUUGAAAGGAGAAAGAAGCUCGUGGAAGAGAAAGAAGAUCUCUCGAACACUAUGGAAGAAAUAAUGAAGAAGAGAGAAAACCUUCAUAGAGCUGACGAUGGCGUUAAGAAGUCCGGGGUCAUUGGAAAUUUGGGUAAAAAGCUUUUGCGGACUAAAAAUGAAUUUACCUCGUCUAAUGACGUUAGACUAAGAGAUGACUCGUCCUUACUGGUGCGCUCGCAUAACCGACGCUCUACCGGAGCAAUGAUGUCGCAUCCGAUACCCGUGCCGCGCAAAUCCCUGGAGAAACGAGAGUCUUCAGAGGACAGAAGAAACCGUUCGAAUAGCAUCAAUUCUGACUCUGUUUUUGACGAGAAAGCGAACCACGGCAAAAAAGGACGACAACUCGAGGCGAAAAAGGUCUCGGCUUCUUUACCUCGCCAUAAAGCAAAAACUACGGUUGUGGGGUUGUGGCUUUAGUUUAGGCGUUUCUCUGCGUAAACAUUUGACAUUAAGUAGGUAUUCAAAUAAGUUCCAACCCAGAACUCCUGAACUAAAAAAAUGUCUGAAUACACAACGUAAUCCUUUUCCAAUAUUCGCGCGAUGCAAACACA